AUGCAUGAAUUCUAUAAGUCAAACAAUAAUCAGCUUGUCUACAUCAAACCACCAGCAAAUAUAGACGAGAAAAACAUCUUGAUAAAUUACUUCCUUCAAUUUCCAAGCAUCACCAAAAAGUUAGAAUACAAUAAAAGAAGAAUCUAUGCUGAGAAUUAUGGGCUUGUUAAGAUUAUUAAAAAUAGUGAAAAUCUCCCCGUCAGUUUUUCUUUGAAUACGCAUCCUUGGCUGUUAGAACCGUAUGAGGAUCUCUGGAAGGAGCAGAACAAAUUGAACAAUUUUGGCAUUUUCAACAUGGCCAAUUUGUUGCGUGACGAUGACGACGACUUCGUCAGCUUCGAGAGCAACCAGUUCUCCGUCACCAGGGGGGAGUCGCAAAAGGCAGGACCGGUGAUGGUAGAGGCGGUCAAGACGGAGGCGGUGAAGUUAGAGGCGGCGAAGUUAGAGGAGGUGAAAUUAGGGGCAGUGAAGUUAGAAGAAGUGAAUGCGGGAUCUUCAAACGCAGAAGUGGCAGAGGCAGAAGCGGAGGGGAACUCCAAAUGUGACGCUCCCCAGCCUGAGGAACCGCCCCCGCGAACGCCCAACGAACCGGGCGAAGAAACUCCCGCCCAGCCCAAUGGAAUAAAAAUAACUGACAGCAAAGGGAAAAACCAUUUUCUGACGAAAAAAAUUAAAAAGUUCUGUUCGAAUGAAGACUCUAAACAACUAAAACUGACGUCCUUUCUGAGUAGAGAAAAAGUCCGCAAAAAUUUGGACGUGGUUAAAAAAGGGGAGAACGAAAGAAUAGACAAGGAUAAGCCCACCCCAGGCGAGUUAAGCAAAGGCGUGGGCGAAAACGAAAAGGAGGAGCAACCCAGUGAAGAACCCCCUCGAGACAGUGAAAAGGAAGAUAUACAAUACUUUAAAGUAAAAAAAAAAAAAAAGAGAAUACUAGACGACGAAGCGAUGAAUGAGAUAUAUGACAGCCAGGCGAACAAAGACACGAAUAAGGGGUCCCACGCGAAGCAAAGAAAUGGAAGAGAUCGUGAAGCAUGUGGGUUCACUCAGCAGCAGGGGGAGGACGUCAACCAAGAGAUCGGCUCCACUGUCAGUAACAGUCCCGACUGGGUUCAGGACGAUCAUGGGGCUCAAAACGAUCAUAGUGAGCAGUCGGAAGGAAGUGUGCCAAUAAAAAAAAAACGAAAAAAUAAGGAGGUUCCUGGGGAAAACCACAUCAGUUACGACGCUGAUGAUGGUGGCGAUGACGAUGACCAGGAUGACGAUUCCCACGAUGACGAUGGCAACAAUGAUGAUGGCUACAAUGACGUAAAGGGAAGUGAAAACACAAACGAAGAUGAGGCCGAGAUGGAAGAAGCAGACAAAACGAACAACCACGUGUAUGCGGCUUUAAAGGAACGAUUGGCAAAGGAAAAGAAAAGGCUACGGAAGGACAAGAUGCAGCAGAUCUUCGAAUUAGAAGCAGAAGAGAGUGAAGACGAAAAUAUUGACAACCCAGAAGGAAGGAGGAAGAACCAGGAGGAGGACUCCGACGAGGAAGAAGACGAAGACGACAACAGCGAGGGACUUAACGAAUUCAUAAACAACGAAGAGUGUAACAGCGACAACGAAAUUGUCAAACUUAAGCACAAACAAGAAAUGGAACAACUGGAGGAAGACAUAUUUUUAAAGAAGUUCACUUACCAGGGGAAGGAAUUUAAGAACGAACUGACAAACAGGGAGAAACUGGAAUUAGAAAGAGAGCGGCAAUUACUACGAAGAAAAAAAAUGCUAUUUAACAGAGGCUUAGGACAUGUGAAAUUGAGUGACUUCGAGUCAGAUAGCAGCUCAAGCAGUAACACCAACUGGAAGAAGAAAAUUAAAAACACCAUGUAUGAACCGUUUACCGAACUUGAAAAUAGGAAGUCGUCCAAGACGAAUCAUCAAACGGUUGGUGGGGCUUAUAAUGAAGGUGCCUUUAACAAGGGGGAGUGCCACGCAGACUUAGAGGGCGAUCACAGAAGGAAGCAGAUCUUAGAAAAAAUGGACAACGUCAUGUACACGAAGGAGAUUAAAACGAACGAGGGGAAGCGAAUCGUAAUUAAGAAAAAAAGGAAAAUUCGUUUCCACCAAGACUUUUCCGACGUGACAAUCACCGAGGAGGAGAACGUUGACGCAUAUGAAAAAACCAAGAAGAAACCGAAAAAGGUAAAUGCAAAGUUGGUUGAGCAACCCAAGUCGUCAGCUGUCACCAUUCCCAACAAGGGAAUGAAUCAUAAUAACAAGGCCUCCAUAAAAUGGAACAACAACAUAAAGGAUAUCAGCGAGCUGGACACCCCCACGAAUAGCGAAGUCUUUAAGGGGUUCCGGAAGGUCGAAAAUGCGCUGUGA